AUGGAGGCAUAUAAUAUUAGAAGAAACAGUAAUAUUCAGAACUUAGCACCGAUUCAGUCGGAAUACAGAUCUAGUACCAUUGAGAGGCCAUCCUUUGCUAGUAACUCUUACUCAAAUUAUUACUCAAGCCAAGGAGGUCAGGGAGCAUUCAUUGGGACUCCAGGACUUGGAUCGAGAAAUUCAGGGUUUCUAAAUACACCACAGAAGACUUUUGGAAGGAAGCUUGAUAAUAACAGAAGUUUAGAAACUCCGACUCCAGUCCGGCCCUUGCUGCCAAGUAUUUAUUCCAACUCCCAGAAUGUGAAUCCUUACAACCAGCGACAUACCACUCCUUACCUUGAUAGAUCAGCUCAGAUGGAGUCUCACCUGCAAGAGAGUCAAUUAAUGUCUUCAAUGAUUAAGAAAAGUCGAGAUUUGUCAAAUGAGCAUAGCUUUCGUAAAAAAAUUGAGCUGCAGAAGAAGCUUCGUCAGGCUCAAGAAUCCCAAAUGAAACUGAGAAAGCAGCUUCAAAUGAGGCAGAACCGAACUCCAACCAAGCCCAUGGUGUUUGAGAGAAAGACUUUGCUUCCUCCACAAGAUGGGGCCUAUUCCAAUAUUUUGAUAUCCGAUGGCCAAGAUCAGAAGCCUGAUGUAGUCCCAAGCGAACAGUUUGGCAAUAUGUACGAGGAACAGAAGGACAAAAUGGAAAAGAAGGCCAACAAGACCAUCGGUGAUCUCCUGGAUUAUGAGAAAGACACUGAACAGGAAGAGUUCCAUCGGCCAAUCCAUAUUCUUUCAGGACUUCCACUCUAUAAGUUCAACAAGAAGGAAGCCGUUAAUCAAGAUUUAGUGCAAAAUUAUGAGAAAAGGUAUGAAGCCAAGAAACUUUUGAGGAAAACGAUCAGCCUACAAAGAAGGGUGAAUGAGCUUUCUCCUUACCAGAAAUUCAGAAGUAUCGCCAAGAGUAUUUUCUAUUGGACUAUUCUAUACAUCUCUGCAAAGAAAUAUGCAAAGGGCAUCAAAGAGACUUUGUCUCAGGACAUCGAGAAAAAUUAUGAUAUGAUGCAUGAAGUGACCAAGGAAUGGUUAAUUAAGUACCUAUCCAGUGCUCUAAGAUCAGCUGUUAACGAGUCUCCUGAGUUUGACUAUGAUUUCACAAAUGUACUUUCCUUGUUUAACAAAGCUGCUGUGAAGGAGAAAUAGGUUCAGGCGAUCAUACACAAAAGCUCUGUUUAUAGUAAAAAGUCUUCAGAUUGCUUUCCAAGAAAAAAAUAUCCCAAAGAGCAUGAAACUGUUCUUUUCCCAAGGUUUCAACCAUAGGUCCCAGGCUUGUCCAGAAUACCUCUCCCAAUUCGAAAAGAAUCGUGUUGAUGUGGAAGAGCACACUAGCACUUUUUACAGCAUGAAUAAGAAGAAAAAGAGGUUUAUGACGCUGUACUUCAUCAUUGGGAAGGUCCUGGUUCAAACCUUGCUGGCAGACAAAAAAGGCCUCGGUGUUAAGAUCAGCUCAAAAGCCAAUUGGAAUCUGAAAAUCAUCGGGACUAUUAUCUACCAGGUGUUCAUCACCUUGGCUCUAAAAUUAUGCCCUGCUCGGGAUGAGAAGGACGAUAAGGAGUAUAUCCUGAUUGACAAAAGUGGGAAGGAAAUAAAACAAACAACCACAGAAUUUGGGCAGCAAGAAUGAGUUUAUAAGAUUAAAGACCUAGGCGACCCUGUUGCGAAGCUGCUCUACAGUAAGAAUGACAUCCUUUACAUGUACACAAACCAUUAUGAAGAGGUCAAGAGGCUGGGAAAGGAAUUGCUCAAGAUCUUCCACCUUGUCGACAACUUCUUUAAGGUCAAUCUUAGAGUAAUGCUGCAUAACUUGGCUACUGAGGCUUAGAGAAUUGGUAUAAUUUCAACAGCUAUCUUACAAAUA